AUGUUUUUGGAUAACAUACCAUUACUUGGAGGUCGAGCAAUAGAUCUAGAUCGUGAUGAGCUCAAGGACAGACUACUUCAUCACAAGUACUCUGCUGGUGAGUAUACUCCUCUUGAUAUGGUCUACAUGCCAUUCUGGAAUGCCUGUAUAAAUGCGUUCCCUCGUACCAUUUCCCCCAAUGCUAUUACCCUAUCUGGCUGUGCUAUUAUUUGUCUAAUAUACGUUUUCAUAAUAUUGAUGCCGACCCGCCAUACCUGGCAUUUCUUCAUGGCCGCCUUCUGUGUAUUCACUGGACAGGUAUGCAACCAUCUUCAUGCCGAUAGGCAUCUUGUGUUUGUUCAGACCCUAGAUGCUAUGGAUGGCAAGCAGGCCCGUAGGUUGGGUGUAUCCUCACCUUUAGGGGCUAUACUUGAUCAUGGAGUGGAUGCCUGUACUAUGGGUAUCCUUAUGCUUACUGUAGCACGAUGUCUUGGCCCUUCUGGGGAGUUUCCUAACGACCUACCGAUAAUAAUACCAGUUGCAUUAGUGGCUGUAUCGUGCUUCUGGUUACCUCAUUGGAAUCAUAUGCAUACUGGUAAACUAGAGGUCGGUGGUGUGACCGAGGCACAAUUCCUGGUCGGUUUAUUUUUCCUUAUAUGUGGAUGCUUUGGUGAGGACUUCUUCCUUGCUAUGCUACGCGAUCCUAUCUGGUGCCUCUAUGCUAUCUAUAUAUGA